UAAACCGAGUACACUACCAACGUCAUAAUUUCGAUGGUUGUUAUUUCUGGUUUCUUGCUUUUGUAAUGAACUUCGACUACGCCUAGCCGACGAUCAGAACGGCUUGCAUUUGGGUGUGGUAUGUUAUACGCCAUCUCACGUGCAGUGCCCGACUACUGAAGUAGAAUUAUAUCAACCAUAGCAAAGGUAUCAUCAACAGCUAAGUUUAUUCUCAAGUGUUUUAACCCUGGACGGCAUGACAAAGAUUUACAAACUAUUCUGCCUGUGAACUUGAGGGAAUACUCCAGAAAACUUUUGGUUCCACAACUUCCCGACGCCGUUUGGACCGUAAACAUUUCUUGUGUGCUCAAUUUGAUUCGACCCUAGUUCGACUUUUGGUCAGCGAGAUAUAGAGAGUAUUUGUGGAUAUCACCCAGCCGAGAUGGCUCGCCAUCGUGGGGGAAUCAGUGGGUUCUGUCUACUGGCUACCCUUGCAUUUCUCAUGGCAUUUGUAACGAGGCUGUCACAAGCACAAACAGCGCUAACUGUUGCGAAUUUUGGUGUUACAAUCACCGAUGGAGAUAUGAUUCAGGAAGGAUCCUCGCAUUCCUUUACAUUCAACGCGGUUAUCACUCUAGAGGGAACUAACGGGGCUGACAUACCAGGAAUCAUGAACAGAUGGCAGUUAGAGGUUUUCAUUGGAAGUGGAGGUAACCAAUGCGUGCCUCCUACUAUGCUGAGUCUUACACCUGCCCAGGCCGGAGUUGAGAUUGCCGCUGGUGGCUCCAACACGAUACAGGAAGUGGUCACAGGAAGCUUGAAUCUUGCUGGAUGCCUGUGUUCAAAUGUCACCCAUCUGGAAGUCUCACUAUCUUCUCCCGGCGCAAUUUAUACUUUAGUUGGUUCAUUGGAUUUUUCUGCACCUAUCUCAUGUAACGGUCUGAUUGGAACCACCUUAACAACACUGACUGCCGGGUCUUUAGUUGAGAACGCUGACGGGCAGACUGUGGAACUGACUGUCUUUGGGAACAGUGAAACACAAGGGCGCAGUGUCCAGGGCGGCACCAACUACUGGGCAGCUGAGGUGUUCCUGGCCACAGGUACCAUCAACACCAACACAGGUAUCACCGCCCCUGCGGCGGCGACGCUACCCUCUGCCAUGGCCAAUCUAGGUUGGUCAGCAGGUGGUACUCUGACACUGACCGGUAUUAGCGCUACGUUGAAUCUGAACGGGAUAGGAAGCUGUGAUGCCAUUCAGCUUAUCUGUGUGUCAUUGAUGAGGGAUCAAGCAUCAGCUCUGGAUUUUACUAUUGAAGGAGGCAUGAUAACCUCCUGUGCACCGGUUUCAUGCAUAGGUGUUUUGAUUAACCAGGUGAUUCCAUCAUUUACCAUGGCAACCAUGAUCAAACAGGGUGAACAGAACAACUUGGACGUUACCGUCACCAUCAGAGCAGAUCCGACCAAAGCCUCACUUUCCGGAAGUGGACUAUGGUCAGCUACAGCUUUUGGGAAUGCCGAUGCUGACUGCAUGAACCCUAAACAGAUCCCAGCCACAGUUACACUCACCGAUGCUGCAAACUAUGGUUUGGAUACUGCAGGACAGUCUGUAUGGCCAAUGAUAACUGUGUCUCUAAACAUGGUGGGUGCUGGGUGCAAUGAUGCCAUGUACUUGUGCAUUGAGGUGCUGAAGGGCGCCAGUCCACUGCCCCCUUUCUCACUUUCAUUCAGUCCGUCGUCUGCCAGAUAUGGCUCUGUGGAGAUGCAGUGUGUGGGACUGGAGGUACUUAGUGGGAUUCUGUCCGUCAGCCCCACCACCCAGCUAGCUGCUUUCAAACCAAACCACAACAUACAAUUUGACGCUUCGUUCACCUCUUCUGCCGCAAGUGGUGGAGUGACGGGGACAGAUCUGUGGGAACUGACUGUCUUUCCGGCAGUGAAUCCUGAUGGCCAAGGCACCACGGGACCUGCUUCUGCCGUCCCACUAGAAACCGCUCAUUUGAACACACCCUUCCCAUCUGACGGUACACUAUCACUGACAGGACUAAUGGCCAUCCUUCAGCUUGAGCCUGAUGCCUGCUCGACCUACAGUUACUUGUGCUCCACAUUAAUGAAGAACUCUGCAGCCAAUCCAGACUUCACUAUGACCCCAACAGUGCUGACGAGUUGCUCUGCUUUGCUCUCCUGCAAAAAUGUUGUUCUGACUAGCACCACAGCCUCCCCAUCUGCUGGUGCCUCUGCCAACGGUCUCCCACUGUUUGAAGGUAAGAGUGGUCAAGUGAUUUACUUUGAUGCUACUCUUAACUCGGAUGUGACUGGUGGGAGCGUUCCCAGUGGAACAGACCAUUGGCAGUUCACAGUAUCACCAGGUUCUACAACAGCUGCCCUCACCCAAGCACAGAAAGACUCUUUACUCACGGCUGGUACACCGCUUACGUUUACCAGGAUCAUGACCACUUUGGAUCUUACCAAUCAACGCUGUGAAUCAUUGGGUCAAGUCUGUGCUGAGGUCAUGAGGAGUGCUGACGCUACACUCAAUUUCGAACUUGAUUCUAGUGCCCCUGAAAACACAGGAUGUUUCACCCCGACAUGUGAAGGUAUAAAGAUCACAGCCCUAGCCAUCAACGAUGGUGUCACAAACUUUGCUCUAAAAGAGGGAGCCCAAGGACACAUGAUGACAUUCUCCGUCACUGCAACACUCGACGCUAACUUCGGCAGUGUGCGGGGUUCAGACCAACUCUGGGAUAUCUUGGUCUAUCUGUCCAUGGACCAGCAAAAGAACUUGACAGUCUCAUCGUUGGCCACCUUAACUGGCUGGCAGACCCAAGAUUUUAUCGCUGGAACACAGGGUACAUUUAACAAUGUUCAGGUGUCCCUCAACUUGGACUCGACCUGUGAGAGAAUGCAGUUCUUGUGCAUUGAUCUGCGCAAAGCAAGCGGGCAAAACUUCAAGCUUGAUCCAGCAUCCAAUGUUUUGAAGACCUGUAAACCAGUCACAGGGUGUAAUGGUGUAGAAAUAACAGACUCAGCAGUGGCAAUCACCAGUGGGGGUCCAGUCGUCGAGGGCGUUGCCUCAAACUCUCCCGCAGUGGGCGUCGCCGUGACCUUCGCAGCCACCAGCGCUGAGGUCACUGGUUCAAACUUUUGGAACGUGACUGUAUUUGGGAGUAACAGUGAUGUGGGUAGUGGUGACAAAAUCGCUGAGCAGUCCUCCCUGACUAGCGGGAACCCUGUUGCAUCAACCACAGUGAACCUUGACCCUAUCACUUGGAAUGUUGAUUUGACCGAUAUAUUGUGUAGUGCAAUUACGCAUGUUUGUGUCCAAGUAGAGAAGAGCUCUGAUGCACCAUUUUCUGUCAUACCUGCUGAGAGUUUUCUGAUAUGUUCACCGCUACAAUGUGAGGGAAUUGUCAUAACAAGUGAGGAUUUCUCUUUAACCAGCAACGUCAUUUACGAAGCUAUGGACAACCAGGUGCUGAUGGUGAUGCAAAUAUCUGCAAACGCUGCUGGGAAUGGCGCAUCCAUACCAGAUUCGUCGGCAACCAACAUUUGGGAUGUGACGUUGUUUCUGAAUUCAGCUGCCACUGGGGACGGCACAACAUUCGCUUCUGCCUCUGCGAGUAACCCAAAGCAGUCCGAGAGAGACCAGGGGGUAAGCUCCACCAACCCCUUGAUGUUCACCGAGUACACCUUCCCUCUAGUGACCGACGACCUGCGAUGUGGUGCUGCCCUCUAUGUUUGCCUUGACUUAUCGGAGAGUACUUUAGCUUCGAUUGAUUACAGCAUUAGCUUCCCUCCGAGUCCAACUUGCAAAGAAAUCACUUGCAAAGGAGUCACCUUUGUGUCAGCCAGUGUAACAACACCUCCAACCACCAGGCUUAUUGAGAAUGAGCUAGCACAUCCCGUGGACCUCACCUUUAUCGCAGUCACAGCCACAGACACUGCAGUCCUUCAAACCGGUGCCGAUUUAUGGAUCCUAAAGGUCUAUGCCAGCAAGAUGGCCGAUGGAAGUGGCUUGCGCUACGCCGAGCAGGACGCAAUGCUGACCCGCUCUCAGAAGAACACUCUCUUGAAUUUGGACGACUCUGUGACAUUUACUGUGAAUGAAGUGCUUGAUCUGGGUGGCUUUGUAUGCCCAGGGGUCACUGGUUAUCUGUGUGCAGAGCUUCAACGUGACCUAGCGUCAGACCCGCCGUUUACUAUUCAAGGUUCUCCGAUUCCUCUUGUCGCAUGCAAGGAAGUUGAAUGUCAAGGUGUUUUGAUUAACAAUAUUGUUUUGUCGAGUUUACCUCCGGCCAUUAUUGAGAGAGAUACAGUAGCAGUGAUGUUGACUGCGACAGUUAGUGUUGGGGGUGCAGAUGCCUCUGGAACAAUGCUCUGGGAAAUGUCCGCUUCAUUACUCGAUGGAACUACAUUGUUGUCAACAGUGCCAGUCGACCUUGGCGAACAAGCCAACAAUGAUGUCAUCAACGGACAGCCAAUCAGCUUCAGUAAUGUUACAUUACCCUUUGACCUCUCUCAACUGAUUUGUCCAAGUAACGGCACAGUCACACUCUGUAUUGACUUGUCACGAGCUGGAGGUUCUAAUGUGAAUUUCACUGUGACAGGAGCCACGCAGCAGUGCACCGACGUUCCUUGCAAAGGUGUUGUGAUUGUCCAGAGCUCUGCUUCUGCAACGGCAACCAGCGGAGACCUGAAGGAGGGACGAGCAAACAAUCCUGUCAUUUUGGAUCUUUCCUUCACCUCAACUGGUGCUAGUGUAGAUGGCAUCGGACUGUGGUCUUUAGCAGUCUUUGGUAACAGUCAAGAAAAUGGCUUGGGCGUCCGUAUGUCAGAGGUAAUGGCCACACUUCAAGGGAACGACAUGAGUUUCCCGUUGCCCGCGGGCAGCGCCAUUGAGUUCAACAGUGUAAUGGCGACCCUUGACCUCAGUCCAUAUCUAGUGUGUGAGGAAGUGCGCUGGGUGUGUGCUGAACUGAAGAAGCAACCUACUUCCAGUGUGGACUUCUCUCUCAUGUCUGAGAACGACGCUCACAUUGCUUGCACUAACCUCAAUUGUCAGGGGGUCCAGAUUUCCAGUACAUCGCUGUUGCUCAACAAUGCAAAUAUAAUGUUCGAGGAAGAUUCUGGGAUCAACACACUAUCUUUGACACAAAUUACACUCCAAACUUCUGCGGGCUCCUCUUACCUUGAACCCUUGGGCAACUACUUACAGGUGUUUCUCUUCGGCAGUCCUGUGGAUGGAACAUCACAGAACAGAAUUGCACCAACUCUUGUGGAUACAAGUGCAAACAAUCAUUUUAUUGAAUUUCUUCCAGGUGACCAAGCUUUUUACUCUGAUUUGCCGGCAACUCUAGACUUAACAGGAGUCUUCUGUAAUGACUUCAACUUUCUCUGUGUGGAAGUGUGCCGUGCCCCCACUUCGCCACUAAAGUUCAAACUGGAAGGAGUGCCAAAUGAAAAUAGCCUCAUCGGCUGCGUUGACGUCAUAUGCAAAGGUCUUCGUGUUACGGGUGGGUCAUUCCCUGUGACCAGUAACCUACUGGAGGGGGUACCAGUCUUCAGCUUGUCGGUCCAAGUGACGUUUGAUACUAGUGCCACGGGAGCCAGUGUCAAUGGCGGGUCCAACCUCUUCAGAUUGGAGGCCUUUGUUGCCUCAGAUGACACGGGAAUUGUCGAGCCGAAAACCUCAAACCAGGUCGUGGUUCUACCUGAUGGCUCUGAGAGUCAACCGGUCACGGCCGGUGAUUCGAUUGUCUUUGUAGAUGCCAUCGCCAUGCUGGACACGACAACCUGGACAUGCCAGCCGAACAACUUCAUUUGUAUCCGUCUGGUUAAAGACCCGAUGGCCUCCAGGAAUUACCAACUGGAAGGCUGGGAUGAAGUGAAUGGAGGGUCUGAUGAUGAAACAAAGCUACUUACUUGUCAGCCAAUCACCUGUCAAGGCGUGAAUAUCGAGGAUGUGUCUAUACAGACCGGUGGUGAGACAUUGUCAUUCAAAGAAAGAGACGGAGCAACGAGUUUCACCGCUGACAUUGCCAUUACAGCAGCCGCAGACGCAGGGAGCGUCGUCGGUACUGGACUGUGGAUGGUCAGCUUUGCCUUGAACAGUCUGGUAGACGGGACAGGCGAUGACUUCGGAACAGUAUCCGUAGCAACCCUCUCGGAGGAGAACUCUAAUAAAGGCGUGGCUGCGGGAUCGACGACCACCCUGAAUGGGGUGACUGUUGAUAUACCAACAGUCGCUGACAUCAUUUGCUCUGUUACCAACCCCUUCUAUCUAUGUGUCAAGGUGGAGAAGGCGUCUGGAAGUAGUCCGGAUUUCACCAUCAUGACGAUUGACUGGCAGUGUGUCCCAGUUACUUGUUAUCCUGUCAUCAUCAGUGACAUCCAGUUUGAAGUAACCUUACCGACCUACAUCUUGGAGAAUGUUGACAACUACCUUCAUGUUGACCUCCAUGUCUCCACCGAUCCCAACUCAGCCGACAUCGCCGGCACGGGGCUGUGGUCAUCUCCAUCGUUCCAGAUCAGAGACACUGCAAAUAAUGCCUUGACAUUGGAUGCCGUUGGAAAUUACUGGACCUCUAGCAGGGAAAAUACCGCCUUGAUUGCCAACGAGACAGUAGACUUCAUCAACAUCUUCCCUGUUCAAAUCACACCAAAUGGAAUGUUAUGUGACAACCUGGACCUGCUCUGCCUAACCCUCGAGAAAGGAAGCGCUCCGGUCCCUCAGUUUGAUUUGAACUUUACGACAUCGAAUGACAUGGUUUGCACCCCUAUUAUCUGCAAGGGUGUUGAAAUUGUGUCGACGGUGAUCUCAAGUAUCACAGAAGGUAGCUCUAUAAAGGAGCGGUCCAACUCUGUCGUUAUCAUACUCUCAAUGAUGUCAUUAUCAGCUGGGGACGCAGCAAGCAUCGACGGCACUAACCUGUGGGCUGUCUCUUACUAUUACACUCCUCAUGCCAACGGUGACGAAGACAUCACCAUCGGCAAGGAAACGUUUCCUCUCUCCCAAAUCGACAGUAAUAUUGAGCUGAGGGCUGGUCAGGACUUGGUGUUGAAUGAUUUGACAUCUGUUAUUGACCUGUCUAAUCUAGUUUGUCCAGAUAGUGGACUUUGGCUGUGUGUUCGCCUCCAGCGUCAUGCCGCUCCAACCCCUCUCUUCACCUUGUCGGCAAAGAACGGGGAUGAUUCCGUUUUUAUUGGCUGUGAGAGUGUCAUGUGCAGAGGCGUUGAAAUUGAAGAUGCGACAGUUAUUAUCGGAGCUGGGGAGCUGAUUCCUGUUGAGAAUGAUCCUUCACACACUGUCAACUUUCUAUUUCAAGCAAUGCACAGCCCCAGUGGGGCUUCUAUUGAGGGCACAGGACUCUGGCAGCUCAAUGUAUUUGCUAACCGUCGAUCAGAUGGUUCCCACCAUAGGAAGGCAUAUGAGUUACCAGUGGCCCUGACUCCUGAUCAAACCAACGCGCCAUUGUCUCAAGAAAUUGCCGUACUUUCUUUCCCUGGCCGUACGGUGACUCUGAAUCUUCAGAAUACUGACUGUCGCCAGACACCUUUCUUCUGUGCCCAGAUACUGAAGGGUGACACCCCAGCACCGCCAUUUUCCCUGCAGGGCAACCCCAAUGACAACGCUCUAAUUACUUGUGCCCCCUUGGAUUGCAAUGGCGUGAAAAUUGUAGAUUUCACUUUGACUGGCACCGGUGGCAAUAUCCUUCAUGAGAAUGAAGACAACCAAAUAUUCUUAUUCGACGUGGACUUAACGUCUGAUGCCGCAAAGGAGGACGUCAUUGGAGAUAAUCUGUGGGAGUUUAAAGCCUACUUGAACAACCACCCUGAUUGCCUCGGUGACGCUGAAGAGGUGGCACUGACGAAUGCUGUCAUCUCACCUGAAGAAAGAAGCCAGGACCUUCUCAAGGGGGGCACUAUUAACUUCAAUGUGGAUGUACCUUUGGACUAUCAGAUGAAGUGUCCACCAUGGCCCAAUGUGUAUCUGUGUCUGGAGGUUCAUGUAGGAGCAGCAACCAGCGUUGACUUCACACUGUUCGGAGAUAUUGUAAAAGGAGUUGAAAUUCAGUGCAAAGGUGUUGAGGUGACCAACACUGAAAUCGGAGAGGUGAACUCCGGUAGUCUGAUCGUCGAGAGCGACUCUGAAGUGACCUUUGACCUUAAUCUGAGGAUAUCCUCUAAUGGCCCCGGCUCAAGUAUCUCCGGAGUUGGACUCUGGUCGGUGGACAUUUUCACGAGCGACACAGAGAGCUGCGCCACCGUGACUUCCCAGCGAGUCACCUCUGCACUGAGCGUGUCUAAUCUAAAUAAGCCACUCAGCGCGGGGGCGGUGCUCCUAAUGAACAACGUAAGGGCCAUGGUGCCGCUUCCUGAUGCCUUGUGUGAGAACAUCAAUUAUGUAUGCGCAGAGUGGGGUAAAGGACCAGGACCUAGUCCAGAUUUCACACUGGUUCCCUUACCGGAUCAAACGGCUCUGCUAGCCUCAAGGGCCAUUGAAUGUAAAGGUCUGCACAUCCUGUCCACCCGCCUGGAUGUCUUAAUUGGAGAGCCUUUGAUUUCCAAUGAGCCCCGUCAUCCGAUUACAUUUGACUUUGAAUUCCAAACCGACCCCACCGGCGCCAGCGUCAUUGACCCGGUGAACCUCUUCCGACUUCAGGUGGCUGCAACAGCCGUCCCUAGCAGAGACGGUGUACUGGCCUCACAGCACCAAGUCACAGUGCCGUAUUCUCCACCUUCCAUGAUUGAUAUCAUCGCCGGGAGGCUGUACACAAUACCUGUUGAGGCUGAGCUGAACCUAGUGGGGGCAAGGUGUGAUGAGGUACCUUACAUCUGUGUGACGUUGACCAAAGGGUUAAACGCCGAACCACGCUUUACAUUGACCCCUGAUAUCAGUGACCCAGUUUUAACAGCCUGCACUCCAAGGCUUGAUUGCAAAGGGAUAAGAAUCGUAAGCGAGCAGCUGACAAUUAAUUCUGGAAUUCCAUUCGUGGAACAUGCCACCAAUAAUCCUGUCGAUCUUACAGUGACUUUAACAUCAGACGCAGCAGGCGGUAGUGCCAUAGGGGUCAACCUUUGGUCAGCUGAGGUCAAACUCUCCAACGAGGACCCCCUCGCAGCAGGGACGGUAUUCCAAGCAAACACGAGCGGCAUCUUAACCAGCACUGAUGCCGAUAAGGAUCUCCUGAAGGGGGAGACAAUCCAACUGAACCUUGUGGCUGACCUGAAUCUUGAUGGGCUUUCUUGCUCAGAUGUCCGCUAUCUGAUUGUGGUCAUCACAAACCCUAAUGCUAAUCCAGGGUUCACUCUGGAAUGGAGGACUCUUUCAUCCGUUGUGGUUACGCAGGAGUUUACUUGCACUGGCGUGUCAUUCUCGCCUAAUAGUCUGGUGGACAACAGUGUUACUCCGUUGCGUGAGUUGGCAGCAACCAGUAGCGUGAUAUUUUCCGUCAGCGUCUUGGCCAGUCCAACGUCAGCCACUGUGAGCGGGACGGACCUGUGGAAGACUACAGUGUUCCUGUCUGCCGAUCAGAACGGCGCCGGCACACGACAGGCUGAAACCGACGCAGUUCUAGACUCCAUACAUGGAGCAGUCCCUAUUACCGCUGGGAUGGUCAGCAGCCUUACUGACAUUACAGUAACGCUAACGACGGCCAACUUGUACUGCACUGAAAUGGCGUACCUCUGCGUUGAAGUGUGGCGCGGGGACAUGGCUCAACCCUUCUACAGCAUUAAUACACCGGUGACAAUGUCUGGGCUGAGAAAAUGUGUUGCAACGGAAUGCAAUGGUGUGCAAGUAAUGAGCGUAGCAAGUACCAUCAUCACCAACCACCCCUUCAUUGAGCAGAGGCCAAACCAGGAGGUUCGCUUGGAACUCAACGUCACCGCUUCCCCUACAAGCGCAGGGAUCACUGGGGACAACCUGUGGAGAGCGACAGUCUUCGUGACUCCCCAAGCUGAUGGUACAGGGACAAGGAGAUCAGAGCGAGACGCAACCAUUUCUCCCUCUCAAAGUGGGCGUGGCCUCGACCCAGCCACGGUGCUCACCCUAGAGAAUCUGAUUGCCACCAUGGAUUUCACAGGAAUACCUUGUGCAGAGAUGCGUUACAUCUGCGUCACGUUGGGCGAGGGCGCUGGUGCACAACCCGAUUUCAGCCUGACGGGAUUGCCCGAUGAUAACUCCUUAACGGACUGCGUAGAGACCAACUGCAUUAGUGUUGCCAUAGACUCCGGCCGAUUGACUUUAGGUUCAAAUGAGCUCCUUGAAAGUGAUAACUCUGCAUCCUUCAAUCUGGACGUUUUGUUCACACCGUGGUCCAACAGCCGCAGCCUUCAAGCCGACAACAGCUGGGACCUUUAUGUUUUUGCAAGCAAUUGUGGCGAUGGAUGUGGAGUGGAAACCGCACCAGUCAAAGCCACACUCUCCACCGCCCAGCAGAACCAAGAAGUCCUGGUCGGCACCCCGUUGACCUUUGAUGGUCUGGUGGUGACCCUUGACCUUACUGGGAUGAUCUGUGUAGACACAACAUAUCUGUGUGUAAGACUAGCGACGCAAACUGGUGUCCCAUUUGUCCUAGGCGGCUAUCCAACGGAUGCAAGUCUAGUCAGUUGUGUUGAACUACAGUGCUUCACUCAGACUGUUGACUUGUAUGCCACGGAGGUUACAGACAGAAGAAUCAGCGUUGCUUUUACAGAAGCUUUCGGUGACUUUGACCUGUACGUGUUGAGGUACUCGCCACCAGACGGCAUCACCAACUCACCAUUUUCCAUUCCUAGGAAUCUCCAGAGGGCGCUAGACUUCAGUCAACUGGUCCCCGGCCAGCUCUACACCAUCGAGCUGACUCUAAUGGAUGGAGCGGACACCAAGGCUGGUCCCUUCGUCCUGGAAGAGCGUACAAAACCGGAUGCAGUCACCCUCCAGCUUGACAGCGUGACGUCGUCUGAGUUGACCGUUGUUUGGGAUGCAGCCUCUGGGAUGUUUGACUACUAUACCCUCACCCUCGACCCCUCCGACAACGGUCUUCCCCGGACCCCGUUCAACGUCUACCCUAAUCAGAAUCGGGAGUUGACAUUCACUGGCCUUCUGGCGGCGCGGUCGUACAAUGUCACCAUUACUACUGUCAGUGGGAAUGUACCAAGCGCACCCAGCACUGUCUUGGCAAAUACAGACCCAUCACGACCUACUCUCAUAAGCACAGGUAGAGCAGAGACAACAAUCGACCUCCAGUGGUUCAUCGAUAGAACCUACAUCGUGGACCACUACGAGGUGACCUAUGACCCUGUCGGUACAUCCACCCAGCCUAUUACCCUGCCCUCUGAGGCUGACAGCACGACCUUAGUUGACCUCACCCCGGGCAGAUUCUACUUGAUCUCGCUAGUCGCAGUGUCAAAUCUUGUGGGAAACCAGGUUUUGCGAAGUACCCCCGCUACCGUCUCCAUUCGGACCCGUCCAGCUGCACCAACUGACAUAACUCACACACCGACCGAGACAUCAAUCAGAAUCGAGUGGCCAAGCUCAGUGGGUGAGUUGGACUUCUACACUGUGACUUUCAGCCCGUCAGUCAACCUUGCAGAGACCAAGGUCCUGAAGGACUCACCACGUGAUCUGAUGUUCCAGGGAUUAGAGGUGGCUAGUGAGUACACGGUGACGAUUACAACACACAUCGAGAAUGUGGAUGAGAACCUGGCUAGCGUUCCUAUACAGCGAGUUUUCUAUACCUUGCCUCACACCCCCGGUCCCCUCUCCAUCGUCAGAGUGACAACUACAACGAUUGAAUUCCAAUGGCAGGACGCUGCUGGCCCGCGCGACGGCUAUGAAGUUACCUUCAUUCCUAACGAGCCUGAGUUCUUUCCCCAGUCUCCAUUCUUCACCACCACCAACAGCAUGCUGCUAAGCGGAAUCCAGCCUCAUGUCACCGUCGACUUUGAAGUGCGUACUAAGAUCGGAAAUGUUGUGAGUCGCCCUCGGCAGCUUAGGCAGAGAACUUUCCCAACACCACCUGGACCCGUCCGAGACUUUGAGGUCAUCAGCUUUGACUCGGACCAGAUCCGCGUCUCCUUCAAGGCACCUGAGAGUCCAAACGGUCUCAUCUUGGCUUACCUUGUCACCGUCACAGGAACUAAACCGGGUGAACCGAUCGAUACUGCUUUCCAGACCAUCACAGCUCUGCCAAACGACAUUCAGUUUGACGAGAUUAUUUCACCGCUGAAGGCCGGCUAUAGCUAUAUUCUCAGGAUUCAAGCCACCAACACUGAGGGCUCAAGUGAUCCUGUGUCUCUGAAUUCAAUAACACUUCCAAUCAAAGCUCCAUUUUUCAGCGGACAGCAAAUACCAUUUGCAGAGUUCGUUCUUCUAGUUACUUCUUCUUCCAUCACCGUGCGCAUUCCAAAGUCCCUCUUCUCAGAUAAGAAUGGCGUCGUCACGGCAUACACCCUUGUAGUAGUCCAAGUAGGAGCAAAUCAAACUGCAGAGGCCAUUCUUCCCAGUUAUCAACAAAUCCGAGGGCGUUCUGUCUGGCCCGUAUACCAGACCUCUGAACCCUUCAAUCCAUUCAAUACGGCACGUCGCCGGCGCCAGACUACUACGAAUGGCGACACUGUUGAUUUCACCGUUGGGCAAGAGGAAACAUGCCCAAGCUUUGGAUAUUGUAAUGGAGCUCUGAAACCAAUUUCACAAUAUAGAGUGCGUGUGCGUGCUUACACUGAGAAUGGUCAGUCCACGGACUCUCCAUGGUCGGACGUCAUCACAACAAAGUUUGAUCCAUGGUGGUUUAUGUACGCCCUUAUUCCGUUCAUGAUCAUCGUUCUGAUCAUUGCCUUCAUUAUGUGCCUCUGUGCGUGUGUCGCCGGUGAUAAGAAAAACAAACCCGCUAAAAGAAGGCAACAACGAAGAGAGAAGGAGUCGUUCCCGUCUCAAGCUAACGAGAAUGCAAAUAAUGCUUAUGGCACCACCAGCUCCCAAGAGCAACUCACCCCGAAUACACCCCCACCAAAGAGAGGACCCAAGUCAAGGCCAGUGGAGGUGGUGAAGUUUGGACAACAUGUCCGCAAGCUCUCAUCAAAACUUGGAGACAACUUUGGCAAAGAAUAUGAUGAUCUGAAUUUUUUGGGAGAGAGUCAUGCCAAGACUGUUGGGAAUCUAACCCAGAAUGUGGAUAAGAACCGUUUCCCUAACAUAGUUCCAUUUGACUAUAACCGAAUUUGCCUGGACAAAAGAGAGGACUACAUCAACGCCAGCUCAGUAACGGGUUUCAACAGUACCAAGGAGUAUAUCGCCAGCCAGGGACCUAAAGAUAACACGGUCAAUGACUUCUGGCAGAUGAUUUGGGAGCAGAACACCCCAGCCAUUGCUGUGAUUGGCAGCCCUGUGGAGAACGGACGGGUGAAGUUUGUACAGUACUGGCCGAGUGAUUCCACACCAAUCACCUUUGGUAAUAUCACAGUCAAUAGGGUAUCGGAACGUGAGGAAACUCAACAUGGCUACAUCGUCAGAGAUUUCUGUUUGGAAUCGGAAUCUGAGGUACGUUCUCUUCGCCAGUUCAAUUUUAUCGGUUGGCCAGAACACGGUGUACCCAAAAGCUCUAUCCAGAUAUUGAACUUUAUCCGUGCUGUUCGUUCGGCUCUGCCCCACAAUGCUGGACCCUUGCUUGUCCAUUGCGGAGCUGGCAUUGGACGUACCGGAGUAUUCAUUGCACUGGAUGUACUCACCCAGCAUCUAUCUCUGGAUGAGAAGUACAUUGAUGUGUUUGGUACAGUAGUAAUGGAGAGGGAAGAACGAACCAAUAUGGUGCAGACUGUGCAUCAAUAUGAGUUCCUGCACAGAGCUCUACUUGACAUUCUAGAGGGCAGAGUAACUGGACCUAAUUGGGUACUGCAGUCAAAACGCCGUACAAGCGUCGACAGUGAUCAGAUUGCUGCUGAUGAGAUUGGUGAAGCUUCACUCUAAAGACAACUUGUUCUGUUUAAUUCAGAAAAAAUCAUCAUCUAAUGAAGACAGCUCAAUUUUUCAUUCUGUUUAAAACGUCUCCUUGUUAUUGUAUCGUUUUACGACGUUAUAAAUACUUGUGUCAACUAGUUUGUUUGUCCAUUUUCUAUUUCUGUUAUGGUAAUGACUUUUUUGUAGCAAGUACUUUCAUACUUUAAUUAUACCCUGCCAUAAAUUGAGGGUUUUUUACCCUCAAUAUUUGUGUUUAAUUGUACAACUUUAAAAGUUCAAAAUGAUUAAUGACUUCUUAGCAUUUUUAUCAAAAUGAGAGCUGUUUGCUAGUAACUUUUAAAGCGAGAAACCAAUGGGAUUUAACUGGGACUAUUUAAUUGAGGUUAAGAAAGACUUACGUGUACAAAAAUGCUCUAUAAAGUAACGCUAUUUUUUUUAAGAAGACAAAUUAAAGAGUAAUUGUAUGUUAUCCUAAAAUUUAAAUUUCAAGCUUUGGAUGAUCAUUGGAAUGUAUAAUAUUGUAAUAAGGGAGUGUCAAUAUUGUUCUCAAGUUAAUUGAUUGUUAAUAUUCAUAUUUGUUAAUGCAAGUUCACCUCCAAACAAGUCUAAUGCCACUCAUGGUAAGGGGCCACAAGUUCACCUCCAAACAAGUCUUAAUGCCACUCAUGGUAAGGGGCCACAAGUUCACCUCCAAACAAGUCUAAUGCCACUCAUGGUAAGGGGCCACAAGUUCACCUCCAAACAAGUCUAAUGCCACUCAUGGUACGGGGCCACAAGUUCACCUCCAAACAAGUCUAAUGCCACUCAUGGUAAGGGGCCACAAGUUCACCUCCAAACAAGUCUAAUGCCACUCAUGGUAAGGGGCCACAAGUUCACCUCCAAACAAGUCUAAUGACACUCAUGGUAAGGGGCCACAAGUUUACCUCCAAACAAGUCUAAGGGCCACAAGUUCACCUCCAAACAAGUCUAAGGGCCACUCAUGGUAAGGGGCCACAAGAAGACAACUGGAGGUAGGAUUUGAUAUUCCUCUUAAAACAGUCUUGAUUGUAGGAUGGAGGGAAACAUGCACUAGGCUAGGAGUUCCAAAGAUAUGCAGUACGUGGAAUAAAGCUGUUGGAAUGGCUCUUUGUUCUACAUCUCAACAAAUCAAAAGUGUAUGAAAUUAUCAAAAGCAGUCAGAAAAUUGUAGAUAUUAUGUGGUGAAGUUGAACUCUGUUGAAGAUAAGCUUCAUCCAUAACUCAAACUUACUUGAAAGAAUCAUUCAGUGUGUCGUGGUUGUAGCUUUAGCGACAAGUGACUGCUGACAAUUUAAAAACAAGACAAAAUUUUCAUGAGCUUUUGUUCUGUUUUGACUGCCUUUUUGUCUCUCUCUCUCUCUCUUCAAACCGAAAGUUGUCCUGCUGGGUUUUUAGUUUGCUCUUGUUUAUUUUAGAGAUAUUUAAAUAACAUCUCAAAAUAGAAAUGAUGUCAUAAGUGAUAUAUUAGGUAUAAAUAAUACCCAACUCACCCCCACCCCUUUUUUUUUGAGGAUCAGUGUUGAUUGUGUUCUUACUUUGUUGUGGGCAUGGGUUGGUUUUGAGACAAGAAAAAUUUGUAAUUGAAAUUUAAAUUGAUUCAAUCUUUACGUCAGUGUGACUUUAAUUUUAGUUGUAUUUUAAUUUAGGGUUAAACAGCAGAUUCAAGUCUGGCUCUUUUCAACUUUUAUUUGAUCAAUCCCAAAUUAUUUAAAAUUUACCCAGCCAGUUUACCCUGUGUUGGAUUACUAGGGAUGAUAUAGUUAUAUAGUAAAUCAUUGUUACUUUUAUUUUAAAUUUUGGUUCAAGCCUUGGCGUCUUUGAGCAGAUCAUCCUUUGAUCAAGUUUGGAAAGUAUAAAAUUACUGAAAUUGCUUAUUGAUUUGAAUCAUAUUUGUUUUCUACUUAAGUUUUCACCAUAUACUUUUUGUUUAUUCCUAUACAAUCAUUUCUUAGAUAACUUGAGUAGCAGAAUUAUUUUGCGUAGUUGCCAUCUUGGUGUAUAUUCUGUCCAAACCCUCUCUAUUAAAUUCAAUAACUGAUGACGAAGAUAAAUUGUGAGAAAUAUUUGUGUUUCUAUGUAGGCCUACAAGGUAAAACAAUUUGUAUUUUCUAAAUUGGUUUGUAUGAGGUCAUCCAAUGUAGUAGGCAUACUGUUUUUUGCGAUUAGCCUAUCCUUAAUUGUAGUAUUGUCUACAAAUUAAUUUGAGGUAAAGGAUUUUAUAUCUGGAAUAUAAAUAUAUAUAUUUGUAAUAAAGUUUUAAGAAAGGAA